GCUCAUUUGAAAUCCCCGAGCUGACCACGUCGUCUUCCUCCCGUGCUCAAAGCCCAACGCGGUCUGGAGCACUGUUUCUGCCGGGCCUUCAUGCAGUAGUUGUGUUUUUGCUUGGUUGCAACAAACUUAUGGAACAAGAGCGAGGAUCCGAUUGCUAGACCCUCCACAGCUCCACGAGCCAGCCACCUGCCGCGCCGGGGCCCGCGCCAGCUUGCACCACAACUCCAAGCUUGCAGGCUCGCGAGCCUGGCUCACGCCCUCGACAUCUUCUGCUGCCGACACAGCGAGUGUAGCUGAGCUACACACGACAGAGCCUACCAUGGCGCGCUUUCCCAGAUUCAGAUUCCUGGCCCUGGCCGUCAUCUUCCACCUGAUUUAUAUAUACUCCAUAUUCGACAUCUACUUUGUCAGCCCCGUCGUUUCCGGCAUGCGCCUGUUCGCUCUCGAGCGUCCUGCACCCAGCAAGGCGCCCGCGGAUCGAUUGGUCCUCUUUGUCGGUGACGGUCUACGCGCCGACAAGGCCUUGCAGUCGCAUCCUGAGCCCUAUCCUGAGUCCGACGCCGACCUCGAGCCACGGCCUCUGGCGCCGUUUCUGAGGUCGCGCAUCCUGGAACAUGGAACCUUUGGCGUUUCCCACACCCGCGUUCCCACCGAGUCAAGGCCCGGACACGUGGCGCUUAUUGCCGGCCUGUACGAGGAUGUCUCGGCCGUAACCACCGGCUGGAAGUUGAAUCCGGUCGACUUUGACAGCGUCUUCAACCGCAGUCAGCACACCUGGAGCUGGGGAAGCCCGGACAUCCUACCAAUGUUCGAGCAUGGUGCUGUCCCAGGGCGGGUCGAUGCCUACACAUACGGUGCCGAGGCCGAGGACUACUCACAGGAUGCACUCCAUCUCGAUCUCUGGGUGUUCGACCGGGUCAAGGCACUCUUCGAAGAGGCAGCCCAGAAUAAGACCCUGAAGGCCGCCCUCAAAGAGGAGAAGAUAGUUUUCUUCCUACAUCUGCUCGGCCUAGACAUGACAGGCCAUUCCUACCGGCCAUACUCCAAGGAGUACCUGCACAACAUAAAGGUCGUCGACCAGGGGGUCAGGGAGAUCACCGAGGUGAUGGAAAAGUUCUACAAUGAUGACAGGACUGCGUAUGUGUUCACUGCGGACCAUGGCAUGAGUGACUGGGGUAGCCAUGGAGACGGCCAUCCCAAUAAUACACGAACGCCCCUGAUCGCAUGGGGUUCUGGAGUCGCCAAGCCCGAGAUCCACCCUGGAGCUGUUGCGCCGGGCCACGACGAAUACUCGUCCGACUGGGACCUCGACGAGAUCAGAAGACAUGAUGUCUCCCAAGCGGACGUUGCCGCGCUGAUGGCAUAUCUCGCCGGGGUCCCGUACCCUGCAAACUCGGUUGGAGAAUUACCGCUACCAUACCUUGCCGCAGACAUCAGUGAGAAAGCCGAGGCACUCUUGGUCAACGCGCAGGGCAUCCUUGAGAUGUACAGGGUCAAAGAGGAGAAGAAAAAGUCCUCCCAGCUGAGGUAUCGGCCUUACCAGGCCCUCGGAGGUCUAGGCCACACGUCCGAUGAACGUGUUGCCGCCAUUCAGGAUCUCAUAAAGGAUGGAAAGUACGAGGAAGCGAUCGAGGAAACCGAGGCCCUGAUACAGUUUGGGCUACAGGGCCUAAGGUACCUCCAAACCUACGACUGGCUCUUCUUGCGAGCUCUGAUUACCAUUGGAUACAUUGGAUGGAUGGUAUAUGCACUUGCCACUGUCGUCAACCUCCAUGUCCUCCACGGAGAAGUCGAGCCUUCAAGGAACACCGUCUCUACGGCCAUAUCCUCGUCAGUCUAUGUACUGAUGGCUGCGUCCUUCAUUGCAUCCAAGUCGCCGAUCACUUACUAUGCGUACGCCCUCUUCCCCGUGUUCUUCUGGGAAGAAGCCUACGCUCGCCGCGAAAGUCUCACCCGAGGAGCUAAGAUUAUCUUUGGGAAUACGCGACCAGUAUCUCUUGUCCUCGGAGGUGUGACUUAUGUUGCCAUCAUCCUCUCGUUGGCUGUGGGCUACAUACAUCGCGAGGUUUUGACCGUGCUUUUUGUUGUUGCAGCCUUCUGGCCACUUGCAUCCGGCCUCUCAUUUGUACAGAGUCGCCUGUCGCUUUCGCUGAUCUGGUGCGUGUCAUGCCUCUCGAUGAGCAGCUUCACGCUCCUUCCUCCGGCCAUGAAACAGGAGAACCUCAAUACCAUAGUCUUGGGCGGUGUGCUCAUGAUUGCAAUCGGUCUUCUAUAUCUUGCAUUCGAAGAAAGGGUGCUGUCGGAUUUCUCAACAGCAGUGCCAAAAACAAAGCAACCGAGAAAGGAAGUCUCGCGGGCUCUUAUUGGUGUCCAAGUGGGCUUGAUUGCCUUAGCUGUGGUCGUUACUCGAUCGAGUGUGCUCUCUCUGCAGGCAAAGCAGGGGCUGCCCCGUGGCAACCAAGUCGUCGGCUGGCUUGUUCUUAUCACCUCGCUGAUGAUGCCUUUGGCGUACCGGUUCGAGUCGAACAACAAUUACCUGCAUCGACUCGUAGUCGUUUUCCUUACCUGCGCGCCGACCUUUGUAAUUCUCACGAUCUCCUAUGAGGGCCUGUUCUACGUCGCAUUCUGGGUCACUCUUCUGACCUGGGUGAGGCUCGAGUAUGAGGUCUACACCCAUUCGAUUACCCGAGUCGAGGUCGCGGUUGACAGCAAAUCAAGCGAUGUCUCAAAGGAGACGAAGCAAGUGCCAGACAGGUUGCCAAAUCCCUACCGUCCGCUGUCACUUUCUGACGCCCGAGUCGCCCUGUUCUUUUUUGUCUUCCUGCAAUCCGCCUUCUUCUCCACCGGCAACGUCGCCUCUAUAUCGUCAUUCAGCCUCGAAAGUGUGACGAGACUCAUUCCCAUCUUCGAACCGUUCUCACAAGGCGUACUGUUGAUCUCGAAACUUAUGAUACCCUUUGCUUUGGUAUCUGCUAAUCUCGGCAUACUGAACAAGAGGAUUGGGGUUGCACCUUCAGCGCUAUUUAUGGUGGUGAUGGCUAUAAGUGAUAUAUUGACCUUGUACUUCUUCUGGGUGGUCAAGGACGAAGGCUCGUGGUUGGAGAUCGGAAGCACAAUCUCCCACUUCGUCAUCGCCAGUUUGUUGAGCGUGUUUGUGGCAGCAUUAGAGGGAGUGUCGGCGUGGUUCAUCCGUGGUGUCGAGAUGGAUGUUCCCGGAGUGUCGGGCUCUACAGCCACGAACGGCACGGCUGCUUCGGGCAAUAAGACGCGGGCGAACGGGACGGGGACCGUGGCGGCAGCUGGAAAACCGUUCCAGGGGUAACAGAGAAGCCAUGAUAUUCUUUCAAGCACCAUGCUCGCCGGGCUGACUAGCUCAUCGGGCUGCUCCGGAAUGGGCCUGCGUGCCUGAUCUCUUGUGGAAUAUAAAGGGCGAGGAGCACGACUCGGUCUCUGAGUUAUCACAGUCCAGGCCAGCGUCCCCGCAGCGCUCUUCAAGCGUUCGCCGCGACAACAUGGUCGUUGAGAUGUGGAAACCAAAGGCCAGCGCAUUUGCAGACUCCCGAAGCUACGAGUCCGAAUCGCUCCACAGCUGCGGCCAAAAAAGAACGGAUCCUGUCCGGCGAUUGAGCUCAUCUUGAAGAAAGGGGCCGGCCGUCUGGGUAAAUACAAUACCGUCCAUAAGCCACCCACCAGGGCGUGGCAUGGGACCGGACAAGUAUUUUGUCCGAGGAUUCCUUAUGUAGCGCAAAAUCCUGAGGAUGUCCCCCCUGGUAACAUGGUGUUCUUAACGUCGCGGCGCCCAAGACCCGCACCGCCUGUAACUAAUCGGCAGCACAAAUACGAGGACAUCACGCCAGUCAACGACAGCGGGCACCACCCUCAAUCUCCCGGUGUUACCCUGGCGGGCAAGGUAUGCAUCUGAAAUAGUAGGCGGGCGCGGCGCCGUGCCUCGACUUGGGGUGGGGAAUAAUUCAAUAUUGAACUUGGAGCACCUGCGACAGACGCUUGCCCCUGAUACCGUUAUACCGUGAUACCGCUGUCUCGGAAAAACGAGAGUUGGCCCCCCCCCUGCAAAAUGCCCCCUAUUCCUCGGCUAAACCAAAACUUUACUAGCAGGGUGGAAAAC